ACGGAGAGCAGGUGGCGGAUAAAUGGUAGGAAACUUUUAUUUGCCUUACUAACCACCAAACUAAGAAAAAUCCCAGAGGAAAAACGCUCAUUCCAAGAUCAUCAACCUAGCUAAUUCAUCACAAUUAACCCCAUUCACCUUUCAAAGUUCCUUGGAAUGGGAUGAAGUUUGGAUUUAGGAAAACAUUGUUAUGGGGAAGAAUUCGCAGAAACAGACUGGGUUGUCUUUGAAUAAUCAUCAACCAAAAUGCAUGUGGGGCAUAUUUCACCACCUUCAAUACAAUAGAUGGAACACUGUCAAGAAAAGGCUUUCAUACAAAAGUCGGGCAGGUUCGAAACAUGAGCCCGGUGGAGUUUAUGAGAGUGAAGCAACUACCAAUGGCACUGGUGAAGUGCAUGACAAAUCAGAGAGUAAGACAGAAAAAACUCUCAUUGAAGCAAGAACUAGAGAGUGUGGUACUACAUCAAAGUCAAUGAAAUCUCGAUUGAAAUCCUUAAUAACAGAAGAAGUAUCAAAAAGAAGGGGAAGGGUGCGGCACCAUCGAACUUCCUCCUGCCCAACAAACGCACCACCAAUGCAAAAAACUACUCACAUAAUUCUACCAGACCCCUUAGAUGGGGAUCUUUUGGCUCAAACAUCUGUAGACGGCACGACUUUGGAACAUCACAAGAAUGUGCACACUUCUGUUUUAUCCUUGUUGGACCCACCACUUCCAAAGAUAUGUGAUGGUCACCUCUCUCCCAAUGAAGCCUGCGAUUUGUGUGUUGCCAUUCUAAAGCAGAAUUACCUUAAGGAGAGUGAUAUUGGGGUAGAACGAACCAGCACGGCUUCCCUCCAAGAAUCUAAGCUGUUUCUGAAGGCGCUUGAUUUGCUUAACAUGAGAAAGGAGGUAUUCCUGAAAAUUUUGCAGGACCCAUCUUCAUCAUUAGCUCAUCAGUUACAUGAUAGUCGCCGGGCAACUAAUUUACGACUUGGAUUAGGAAAGUCUAAGACAUUUCCUUCGUCCGGUUCAAUUUUCAGAGAAGAUGUGAACUUGAUAGGAAAUGGGGCUCUAAGGAUGAAAGAGCAUGAUGGUUUGUGCAAAGAUCAUGAACUUUUGGAUAAAAAUGUAUCUAAGAAUGCACUAAACGAGAAAAAGAACAGACACGAGAAUGGGCAUUGUUUGAAGCAUUUCAAGAAUCUAAGGGACAAAUUAAAGUAUGUAAUUAAGGAGAGUAGAAAGGAGAAGAAGAGAAUAGUGAUGGAUGGAGUGAUCGAUAAGAUCCCUCGUGGUCGAAGCAUUCCCGAGGAAGUUAAAGAAGCUUCUACACAUUGUCAUUCCCCGUUUGUUGGAAAGGGUGAGAGACAAAGCAUGAAUAGAAGAGGGUCUCCUUUAUCUUUCCAUGAAUCGGCAGAGCGGUAUAAUCAGCUACUAGAGUCAUGCUUUCCACACCAGAAUAGUUCUGCUAAACAUGAUUGUAGAACUUCAGGACCGCCUUCACCUGUUACUAGAAACCAUAAGAUUCUGGAAAGGAUUCUUUCAUUACCUGAUCUAAGGUACUACUCUUCCUUACGAUGUGAAGAUUCUCAAUGUACAAGAAGGUACUGUGAGCGCAAGCACGUGUACACCCCCACAGGCGGUUCUGAAUGCCAUACUCUAUCUGAGUCUAAUUCAGAUGAUAGCCUUCAUGACAGUGUCCAAGAUGUUGGUCACACCUUUGAUGACACUACUGGUUUACAGACACUGCAUCAGUGUACUAAUGCUAGCCAUGAUUUGGUGCUGGACACGAUUCCGCAAGACUCAGUUUCCACAGAAAUGUUUUCUACAGUUGAAGAUGAUUUAUUUUUCGGCCAACAGGUUGAUUCCAAACAGGAAGCAUCUAGUGUGAACGAAACUUCAGUUGAUAUAGAGAAAGAAGGAUCUGAAGCAGAAGGAAUGAACAAUAUCCUAAUGCAUCUCCAUGUGGAUGAGAAAAACAAAGCCCAAUUUGACUAUGUAAAAGACAUACUAGAGCUGUCGGGAUUCAGCGGAAUCCAGUUUCUCGAUAGCUGGCAUUCUGCA